AUGUCAACAACAACAGCGUCAGAAAUGAAUGUUAUGUCACCUACUGGAUCAUCGAUUGCAGUGGCUGAGUUGGUAGAGACUACAGAGGAAUAUAGAUCAUUAAUGGAUCGUGCACAACUUGAGGACUUUAAUGAUAUUGAGGCAUUACAAUGUUUCUUCCAGGUUGGCACUGACACUCAUGAUGGCUCACCAGUCUUCCUUCUAAUAGGCUCAUCACUACCUGUUGGCAAAGAAGGUCUAAACAAGCUGUUGGCCUACAUGUGUAAACUACUUGAACCCAUUGUAACAGGAUCACAAUAUACUCUAGUAUACUCACAUCACUUACUAUCUGCUGAUAGUACUCCAGAUAGAGCAUGGUUAAUGAACACAUAUAACUUGUUACCAAGAAAUUACAAGAAGAACUUAAAGAACAUGUAUAUCAUUCAUCCUUCGACAUGGCUGCGAAUGAUGUUCAUGGCUUUGUCACCAUUCAUGAGUGAGAAGGUUUGGAACAAGGUUGUAUACAUUGAUUAUUUGCAAGAGUUGCCAAAUACUUUGAACAAGGAGUUGAUCAAGGAUAAACUGCCAGGUGUUGUAAAGGUACAUGACGUACAAUUGCUAUCACAGCCAGAGGUCGUAGAGCAGGUGGCCACAACAAUGGAGACAUUGGGCAAGGAGAUGAUGUCAUCGUUUGCCAUGCCAACCUCUAGUCUAUACGGCUCGUCCGAUCCACAGAACUGG